AGAUUAAAGCCCCUGGGCAAGCAGUCUCCCCGCCCAAGUUUCCUCUUAUUCCCCGACCCGGCCUUGCGAAUUUCAGAAACUAGAAAAGCAUAUGCGUCUGCACACCAGCAGCUUCUGCGGAUGCAGUGAGUUCAAGAGUGAUAGCAGCAGAAGCAGCUGGCUAGCUCACUUUGCACUUGCUCCUGGAUCAGCACACCACUCCUGCCGACUGCUGCUGCUGCUGCUACCUCGUUGCGAGGCAGAGCUCAGAGCUGAGCAAGCUUUGAUCGGAGUGGUCGGGCUCUGAGCGAGCUCGGGGGAGCAAGGGUCAUGGAAGGUCUGAGGCAAGGCCAUUGGUUGGCGUCUCUUCUCGCCGUCCUCCUCUUCUGCCAUGCGAGAGGAAGCGAGCAGAGACCAGCAGAGCAUGCCAAGCCGGGGCGCGCCGCCGACAUGCCGGAGCGCGACGUGACCUCGCCCCUGGCCACCGUCCCGGUGGUGACCCCCACGGUCACGACGCCCACGGCGAUGCCCACCGCGACGCCGGCGACGCAGACGCCGUCGCUUGCCAGCGGCGGGAGCUGGUGCGUGGCGAGCCCCAGCGCGAGCUCGACGUCGCUGCAGGUGGCGCUGGACUACGCGUGCGGGCAGGGAGGCGCGGACUGCUCCGCCAUCCAGCAAGGCGGGAGCUGCUUCAACCCGGACACCGUCCGCGACCACGCCUCCUACGCCUUCAACAGCUACUACCAGAAGAACCCCGUCCAGACCAGUUGCGACUUCGGCGGCACCGCCGUCCUCACCAGCACCAACCCAAGUACUUCGACGUGUCAGUAUCCAGCAACGAGCACCGGCGCCUCGGUUCUGAACACCUCGACGCCGCUGACGCCGACGUACGGGUCUCCGCCUGGCGGGUACGGGAGCUCUCCCCCUGCCGGGUACGGCAACUCCCCUCCUCUCUACGGGUCCAUGUCGCCGCCGGACUACGGUGGCGAAAUCAGCGCCGCCGCGGUGACGGUGCCCGGCAGCAAGAAGACGACGCCGAUCCUGUCGCUGACGACGUGCCUCCUGGUCGUGACGCUGACACUGGCCGGCUGAACCUGCGCGCGCAACAGCCCAAGCUGCCGCGUCGCGACCGUGCACUGCAGCACGUUCUGGCGUUUCUUCAAUUCAGGGAUGAAGGUGAAGUGGGGAUCGCCAUGAGUUGAUGCGGCAUAGGAUGCAGAAGCUAUGUACAAGUAAUCUGCAGGAUCGGAAAGAGCAGAUGCAGUCAUGCAGAUCAGUGAUACCGAGCAGGGGUGGUUGCGUACCCAUCGCAUUGGAUGUUUGAUACUAAUUAGGAGUAUUAAAUAUAAAUUAUUUACAAAACCCAUUGCACA